AUGGUUCCUUUUCGACGCUUAUCGCAGAGGGGCCGUCGCAGCUUCGACAACCGCGACUCCUACGAAUGGCAAGACGAGCGAGACAAACGCAUCAUGACGGCCACCUUCCCCAUACACCCUCUCUCCUCCAUGCAGGCGCCCUUUGAGGAGUCGAUGCUCGACGCCACUGGCGAAACGGGGCACGUUCCCUUCGCCAUUCCCAAGAAGAGCGUGAAGACGCGACAGCAAAUGCUGUGCAGAGAGGAGAAUGCCUCUGAGCCCUCGUGGAACUUCACAUACAACUGCCACUGGAGGAGCAACGCAAAGGGCAAAUUUCAUCCCCUAACAAAGACGGUCGCGCAGAUCAUCUUUGGUGUCCACCUGCUGCAUCAGCAUCUGGAAAAGUCCGUCGCCGAUGUCGCCGACAUAUUGCUCAAGCAUGUCAAUGAGCUCGACAGUUUUCUGCAGCGGGCGAAUGAAGACCUUGAAAGCAGCAUGAAGGACAUGCUGUUCCGGCAUAAAUGUCUAAAGGUGCCCAUGGAACACGUAAACGAAUUCGAUCGCCUCCUCGAAGACCGCUCAUACCGCGCCCAACUCCUCGACGGCAACAUCGUAAUCGAACGCACCAUUGGGCGCAUGUCGCAACUGCUCAACGACUACCUGAUCGACAUCAACGUAUUUCGCGAAGCCAACCAGGAGCUCGAUCUCUACCUAGGCGAUGUGGGAGACGAAUGGACAUACCGCAAUGAGGAUAUUGGGCGCAUAUAUUCAGCCAUGUGUGGCAACACCGGAGGCUGGUCGCAAUUCUUGCAAAGCCUCGUAGCAAAGGCUGAAAGGCUGGGCGUUGUGCUCGUACAGGUCAGCAGCUAUUGCAAUGAGAUCGAGAAGCGGUGUGGCGCUGCAAGUCGCCGAAGUUUGCUGGAGCUUCGCUAA